AAAUUUCACACUGGCACACGCCCGGAAAGGUCUGUCCCAAUUCUCCGAGCGUAUCAUGGCGGCGCAGAUGGCGGUAAAUUCGGGAGCCAGUCUGUGGGGGCCGAUGAAGGAGCUGUGGGAGACGGUGGACGGGGCUGUGUUGAGGAGACAGUCGGAGAGCGUCCACCUGCUGGACCUGCUGCUGAAGAAACACAAACCGCACUUUUUGUCACUUUUCAAGAAUCCGCCAAAAAGCGCAGAGCAGAGAGAGAAGGUGCGUAAAGCAAGCACAGAAGGCAUCGCCAUCCAGGGUCAACAGGGGUCUCGUCUCCUUCCAGAGCAGCUUCUGACGGAAGCCUUCAUCCUCAGUGACUUGUUUGAUAUUGGAGAGCUGACAGCUUUGGAGCUUCUGUUGGCAGGUGAGCAGCAGCAGCCUCAUUUUCCAGGUCUGACACGAGGGCUGGUUGCUGUGUUGCUCUACUGGGAUGGAAAACUUUGCGUUGCCAACUCUCUGCGGACACUCAUCCAGUCCCGCCAUGGCAAGACCUUCACCCUGGAUCUGAGUGGGGAGCUGGUGGCUUUGACGACACGUUUUACAGAUGAGCUGAUGAGCCAGGGUCUGACAACACGCAUCCUAACCUUGGUGUCCGAGAUCAGUGUGACACGUGAAUUUGAACGGCUGCAGAAGGAACGCGGCCUGGGCAACGAAAAGCACAGGAAAGAGGUUUCUGACCUCAUCAAUGAAUGCAGACAGGCGCUGGCCGAUAGCCUGUUUUCGUGGACCUGCCAAUCACCCUUGACUAAAGAUGACACUCUGGCUCUCAUUGGCCACCUGGAGACGGUGACAGCUCAAGCUGACGGCUCGUUGGACAGUGUGAACCAGGCUCUGGUCAUGGCUCUUCUCUACUGCUUGGACGUCAGCUUCGUGGAGCAGGGGACUGAAGACAGAGAAGAUCUGCUCCAGGCACUGCCGUUGCUGACAGAGAGGCAGUACGUAGCUGCAGUGCACAGUCGUCUGAUGGACGUUCAGCCGUGGAAGCUUCCCGGCCUGCAAGCUGUGUGUCGACUGGCCUGGGCUCUGUCCCUGAGGGUCCUUUCCCAGCUUCCACAGGGAUCUGCUCUGGUUGAGUUCACUGAGGCAGAUGAGGCACUAGCUGACCAGGCUCUACUGGGGGAUGUCUUCCUGUUCAUGAGGGAGGGCAUGCUCGGAUGUGAGGGUUUUGCCCAAGAAGAGUUUUACAUCCGUCGCCUCCAUUCACUCAUCACAGACUUCCUGGCUCUCAUGCCAAUGAAGGUCAAGCAGAUUCGUAACCGUGCUGAUGAGGAUGCCCGUCUGGUGCACAUGUCCCUACAGAUGGAGAGCGAGCCUCCAUCAUCGCUGCGCAAGGAUUUAGACCACCUCAUGUUCCUCAUUGGGGAGUUUUACAGUAAAGACUCAUUCGGGCUGGAGCUGGGUCUGGAGUUCUGGUGUCCCACAGAGUCUCUCCAACACACUUCCUUGCAGGGAUCCUACCUGGGAAUGGCCUUGCAGAGGCCUCCGCAUAAACAGGUUGUUCUGUCCAAGUUUGUGCGUCAGAUGGGAGACCUCCUUCCCUCCACCCUCUAUAUCUCCUAUCUCCACAUGCUGAAAGGCCUCGCCAACGGUCCCCAGUGUGCCCACUACUGCUUCAGCCUACUGAAAACUAAUGGAGCCACACACAGUGACAACCUCCAGGGAGUUUCAGGCAGCCCGGUGUCGUGGGAACAUUUCUUUCACUCCCUAAUGCUUUACCACGAGAACCUGCGACGAGACCUUCCAAAUCCAGACGCCACACAGUACCGCCACCCUCCACUGAGGGGCAUCACCCAAAGGGAGAUGGAAGGACUCACCUCGUUUUUGCAGUUACUCACCACCAUCAUUACAUGGAGUGAAAAUGCUCGACUGGCGUUAUGUGAACAUCCUCAGUGGACUCCAGUCAUAGUAAUGCUGGGGCUGCUGCAGUGCAGCGUUCCACCCGUCCUCAAGGCAGAGCUCAUGCUCUGCCUGGCAGCCUUCGGGAAGUCACCCGAGAUCGCUGCUUCCCUCUGGCAGUCACUGGAGUACACACAGGUCCUGCAGACCGUUCGAGCCCCAGGACAGAGGCAGGCAGCUGGAAUUGAGGUGGAGCUGAAUGAGAUUGAGUCGAGCUGCGAGGAGUACCCUCUGACACGAGGCUUCUGUCAUCUGAUCAGCACGUUGGUCGAAAGCAGCCUUCCCGUUAAUUUGGGGGCCGGGCUGCGAGUGCCGGGCUUCCAGCCCUACCUGAACUUCUUGCGCGACUCCGUGUUCCUCCCCUUCCCCACCAGAGCGUAUCGCUGCCCUGCUGAGAAGUGGGAGGUAGCUGAUUCCGUCCUGGAGGUGUUCCACAAGCUGCUGCGGGACUACGAGCCCCAGCCGUCAGACUUUGUUCAGGAGAUGGUGGAGCUGCAGGGUGAGCAGGUCUCGUCCUACAAGCCCCCCGGCCACAGCAUCAUGUUCCAUCUGCUCAACGACUCGCCCACACUGGCGCUCUGCCUCAGCCUCCUGGAGGAAGGUGUGCGCCAGUUGGACACUUAUGCACCUUUCCCCGGUAAGAAACACUUGGAGUCGGCGGUGCUGCACUGCCUGUGCCUGCUGGACCUGGCUCUGCAGAAGGAGGUGGUGUUCAUGGAUCUCCUCAGAGAGAGCCAGGCCUCCCUGCUGGUUUCCCCCUUAGAGCAGCUGCUCCAGGGUGUCAGUCCGCAAACCCGUCGGGCUGAUCACAUUGUCAGUAUUGCCAGGUUUCUGUAUCACGGUAGCACCAACCCAGAGGCUGCCUUCCAAAGUGCCAAGAUCCUGCGUCGCAUUGCCAACUACCCCAACAUUCAGAACAGGCUGGUGGGAGAUUUCACACAUGACCAGACAGUGAGUGACAAACUGAUGGCAGGUUUCGUAGAGUGUCUGGACAACGAAGAGGCAGAGGAAGGAACAGAAAAAGAAGAUGACUCAGACCCAAGGAAAAAGAUGGUGAGAAUCCGACAUGAAACCCAGAUCCACAUUCUGAACCUGCUCAUCACCUCCCUGGAGCUCAAGACACCCAACCUGGCUCUUUACCUUCUGGGCUACGAGGUGAAGAAGGCCGUGUCCUCCACCAACCUCCAGGACCCAGGCGUGUUGGGAUGUCCACGGAGUUGCCUGCACGCCAUCCUGAGUCUGCUGCAGAGAGGCACCGAGAGGAGAUCAGGACCGGUGCUCACGCAGGAGGCCCCUCACCUGGCUGAGCUCUGCUACCAGGUGAUCUACCAGCUGUGUGCCUGCCCCGACACAUCUGGACCCACCAUGCGCUAUUUGAGGACCAGCCAGGACUUCCUGUUCUCUCACCUGCAGCACCUGCCCUUCAUCCUGCCCGGCGACCAGAUCGCUGCCCUCUCCCAAAUGUCUUGGCUCAUGAAAACCGCCGCGAUCGAGCUUAGAGUGACGUCACUGAACCGCCAGCGUUCACACACCCAACGCCUUGUCAGCCUCCUGCUUGACGACCAGCCGCACACUCAGCACACAGCCGACGGGGAGUCGGGCAUGGAAGAAGAGACCAGAUCAGUCAGCGGUUUCCUGCAUUUUGACACAGUUUCUAAAGUGCGCAGGAAGUUGCUGAGUGUGCUGGACGCCAUCGACUUCAGUCAGGACAUGCCCGAGCUCCUGCAGCUGGACUUCUUUGAGCGAACUCAGAUCGAGCAGGUGAUCGCCAACUGUGAGCACGUCAACGAGCACGGACACACCGUGUGCAACGUCAAGUUGCUUCACAGAGUGCUGGUUGCUGAGGUGAAUGCCCUGCAAGGAAUGGCAGCCAUCGGACAGAGGCCCCUGUUACUGGAGGAGGUGAACUCCAUCCUGCAGCAGGUGGUGGAACGCAACCGCGUCCGUCGAAGUCUUAGUGCAAAGCGCCACGCGCUGCAGUCCUGGAGAAGCCUGGUGGAGACACUGCUGACCGCCUGCCCCGCCGACCUCAUACCUGCCGAUGACAGGCAGCUCAUCAUCCGAGACCUGCUGCUGGACCUGCACGACAAGGUAUUAUCCGACGAUGCAGCUGGAGAACUGAUGCCCAUUGUUGCCGGGGCAGUCUUCACCCUGACAGCCCACCUCAGCCAAUCAGUGCUGUCAGAGCAGCAGCAGGGGGUGGGAUUAGAAACGAGUUCGGGCUUUGCCUCCAUCGCCAACUCCGCCCUGCACCUGGUCCUCCGCAAACUGCUGGACUUCAUCCUUUGUACCGGAGGUGGAUACCAGCGUCUGCGUGCUCACCUGUAUGGCUCUCUGCUGUACUACCUGCAAAUCGCCCAGAAACCCGAGGAACCAGACACUCUGCAGACAGCUGGGAAGGCAAUGUGGGAACGACUAACUGCCCCCGAAGAUGGUUUCUCCAAACUCCAGAGAGAGAACCUUGCCAUCAUCGAGAGUUACGGCAAGUCUCUCAUGGAGGUUGUGUGUCGGGACGCCUGCGACGGCCACGAAAUUAGCAGGAUGCUGGCCCUGGCCGUGCUGGACCGGAUCCUGUCGAUAGACCGUCAGAAUCAAUGGCUGGUUUACGUCUGCAACAGUGGAUACCUGCGGUCGCUUGUGGAGAGUCUGAGACAGGACGACGCCGCCCUGCAGAGCCUGCUCACGCCUCAGCCGCCGCUGCUCAAACCACUCUACAUCUACGAAAGCAAGAUGGCUCUGCUGACUCGUGUGGCUAAGACAGGCCAGGGAGCUGUGGAGCUGCUGCGCUGUGGACUAGUGGUGCAACUGAUGGAGUGUCAGGUGUUUGAUAUGAUACCUGACAGAGAUGGACACAGGGGGAUGAGGGACCCGUCAGGCUUCAUCCCCAGUCCCAUGGACCGCUACAGGCAGAUUCUCCAGCCCACCCUCAGACUCUUUCAGGUGAUCCUGACCUCUACCACCAUGAAUCACCAGCAGGGGGCGACGCAGGUUCUCCAGUGGCUCAUAGUCCACGCAGACACCAUUCAGUCCCUGUUACGCUGUCAUGAGCUAAGCACGGGAUCUGUGCAGCAGCUUUCUCUGCUGACAGGCAUCAUCAGUAAGACGGCUCUGCCAGGUGCCCUGGAGGUCGGUGGGGAGGUCAACAGUGCUGCUCUGAUGGAGUUCCAGGGUCACAUAAACAGAUUCCAGCGUCUGUGUCUGUCUCUGCUCGGCUGUCUGGUGGGGGGUGAGCGGGAGAGGCUGCUGAAACAGGCUGAGAUCGCUGUGCCGGGAGAUUCAGCAGAACAACGAGAAGAGAUGGAAGUGGCCAUGCAACAGGUGUGUGCCAACAUCAUGGAGUACUGCCAAACGCUGCUGCUGCAGAGCUCAGCCCAGGCCCAGUUCAGCAUCUGCCUCUUCAGCCCGUCGGGCAGCGAGCCAGCUGGCAGGGAUGGAGGACGCACAGAUCUUUCCUCCACUGUGCCGUCAAUGGCAUACUCCCGAGCGCCCAGCCUGGGUCUGGUCCUGUACCUGUUGAAGAACAGCGCCGCAGACUUCUUCAGGUUCCACCAGAGUCACAGACAGAGCCUGGGCAAGCUGCAGAGUCUGGAUCAGCUGCCUCCUGAUGAGCUCAAGGAGUUGUGCCAGGGCCUGGUGACGGGCCCCGGAGGUGUGGAGAAGAUCUCUUCUGUCCAGAGGAGCUUGUUGGCCAAGAGACGACUGGUCCAGCUUGUCAACAACAGAGCCAAGCUGCUGGCCCUUUGCUCCUACGUCAUCGAGACGUGUUUGUUUGUGUUGUGGCGCCACCUGGAGUACUACCUGUUGCACUGCACCCCUACGGACCCGAAGGACUCCCUGUUGCCUGGCGCCAGUUUGUACAGAUCACGCCUAACAGAUGACUCUUUUGGCGUGCUGCAGGCGAGUCGUGGACUCAGUCUGUCCCGAGUCAGCCAGCAGGAUCUAGACAUGCUGAAGAGCGACAUGGUCGCAGGUUUCGGAGAAGCCCUGCAGAGGAAGCUGCUGGAGGUGGAGGGCUUGUACAGCCAGGUCCGCUCCCGAUACACCUUCAUCCAGGCCCUGGUUCGCCGGGUCCGGGGCCUGCUCCGGCAGCCCAAGAGCUGAGACCCACACACACAAACAAUUGCACACAUACACAAAAAGACUGGCCCGAGACCCCAAAAUGCCCCUUUGCUUUAUUAAAUCAAAACCUCUGCCGAGCAUAAAAAGAUGAGCAACACCAGGAAACUACCAAGGACAACACGCCUGCUCCAGCUCCUCUCCUGAGUAUCGUGGGAUGAUGAAACCACCAACACAACACAAUGAUGAUGAAUUCUGUGAGACCAAUCUUGAAUAUGUUUGACUAAUGCUGCGCAAGAAGCGUUUACUUUGAAGAAGUGAAAAACCUUAUCUUGCAGAAAACACUUAUGGAAGUUUUACUCGUUAAGAAGAAUUGAUAGUUUUGUUUGAUCUGAUAUUUUUUUUCUUGAGUGAAAAUAAACAUUUUCUAUGUCUGUUAAA